ACUUGGCUCAGAUAAAGGGGAAAAGGGGGAAACAUCAUCAUUUGCCAUUUUUGUUAACACUAACUAGUAACUACUAAACUGAACUCCAGUAAGAAAUACCCCACCAAACUAGAAAAAAAAAACCGCAACCACGCUAACAUAUUCUCUUUCUCUUUCUCUCUCACACAUUUCAAUUCCAUAUUCUCCUUUUUGAAUGUACACAAGAAAAUGUAUAAGAAAUUCUCCCUUUGAACCAGUAACAUUUCUGCACAAUACACACUAGACCGACAAAGAAAACUUCUUCACUUCUGAAUAGUCAAUUCCAUUUAGGGUUUCCAAACUGCCCAUCCAAAAUCCAUUAAAAACCUCAGAGAAUUCCUUUUCUUCUUCUCAUGUUUCUUCGUUUUGGCUCCAACCCAUUUUCAUAACACACAAAAUUUCAGAUUUUGCGGUUUUCAGAAUAACAAUUAUGCUUGCUGCUGCUGCUUCUGCAUCUAAGCACCUUCUUCAACGCGAUGUUAGACCCACUACUGUUUUUGCCUCUCACAGUGUGAGUGGAAAUCGUGUUCGGUUGCUCUUAACUGCUACUGGCAUAAGCAGAAACUCAAUUCACAGAAGCAUAGGAAGCAAAAAUUUAGGUUUUGGAAAUCAUCCGCAACAACACACAACAUGCCCAAGUUUGCUUUUCUCUGUCAAGGGGUUCCUCUCAGAUUCAUCACCUUCCUCUUCCUCGUCAAAUUCAUCUCCUUCAGUACAUGGCAGAGUAACCAGGCCUUAUAUACUACAAACUAGUUCAACGGUAGAUGGAAGAGCAUUGUUCUCAACUUCAACUAAAAAUGAUGAUGCAGCUGCACCUAAGCAGAAUGAGAGUACCAGUAACAAAAAGAAUGCUUCCAGCAUUGUUAAGUCAGCUUCAGGGGAUCAAGUUGCUGAUAUGAAGAUCCUUCGGACGCUUGCCAGUUACCUGUGGAUGAAAGAGAAUCCUGAAUUUCGGUUUCGGGUUGUGGCUGCUUUGGGUUUCCUUGUUGGAGCUAAGGUUUUGAAUGUUCAAGUACCUUUCUUAUUCAAGCUGGCUGUUGAUUGGUUGACAACUGCCACAGGCAAUGCUAAUUCUCUUGCUUCUUUUACGGCUGCGAAUUCAACUGCAGUUGCUCUUUUUGCGACACCAGUGGCUGUUUUGGUUGGAUAUGGAAUUGCUCGUACCGGAGCUUCAGCGUUCAACGAAUUGCGGACUGCGGUAUUUUCUAAGGUAGCACUACGAACAAUUCGCCUAGUAUCUAGGAAGGUCUUCUCGCAUUUGCAUGACCUUGACCUGCGGUAUCAUCUAAGCCGAGAAACUGGUGGCCUAAGUAGAAUAAUUGAUCGUGGAAGCCGUGCAAUAAAUUUCAUACUCUCGUCUAUGGUGUUUAAUGUAGUCCCCACAAUAUUAGAGAUAUCUAUGGUAUCAGGUAUACUGGCCUACAAAUUUGGAGCUCCUUUUGCAUGGAUUACUUCUCUAUCGGUUGCUGCUUAUGUUAUGUUUACACUGACUAUCACACAGUGGAGGACUAAGUUCAGGAAAGCCAUGAAUAAGGCUGAUAAUGAUGCUAGUACAAAGGCUAUUGAUUCGUUGAUUAAUUAUGAGACUGUCAAAUAUUUCAAUAAUGAAGAUUAUGAAGCUGAUAAAUAUGAUGAGUACCUAAAGAAGUAUGAGGGUGCUGCUCUGAAAACACAACGUAGUCUUGCUUUGUUAAACUUUGGUCAAAAUAUUAUAUUUAGUACAGCUCUAUCAACCGCAAUGGUUCUGUGUUCCUAUGGGAUUAUGGACGGCAGGUUGACAGUUGGUGAUUUGGUUAUGGUCAAUGGCCUUCUCUUCCAACUGUCUCUUCCACUCAACUUCCUAGGUAGUGUUUAUCGCGAGACUAUACAGAGUCUAGUUGACAUGAAGUCCAUGUUUCAGUUACUUGAGGAAACAGCAGACAUUAAGGAUAAAGAAGAUGCGAAGCCUCUAAGAUUUGAUGGAGGAAGAAUCGAAUUUGACAAUGUACAUUUUAGUUACCUCACAGAAAGAAAGAUACUAGAUGGGGUAUCACUUGUUGUGCCAGCUGGUAAAAGCGUGGCAAUUGUCGGAACAAGCGGAAGUGGAAAAUCAACGAUUCUUAGAUUGAUAUUCAGGUUUUUUGAUCCUCAUUCUGGAAAUAUAAGGAUAGAUGGUCAAGACAUUCAGCAGGUAACCCUCGAGAGUUUGCGGAAGCUCAUUGGUGUUGUUCCUCAAGACACUGUACUUUUCAAUGAUACCAUCUUUCAUAAUAUUCACUAUGGUCGGCUUUCAGCUACAGAAGAAGAGGUCUACAACGCUGCUCGGCAAGCGGCAAUUCAUGACACUAUCAUGAAUUUUCCUCAGAAAUAUUCGACUGUUGUGGGAGAGCGAGGGCUCAAGCUAAGUGGUGGCGAGAAGCAACGUGUUGCCCUAGCUCGUGCUUUCUUAAAAGCACCUGCGAUACUGUUGUGUGAUGAAGCUACAAGUGCUCUUGACAGCACAACAGAAGCAGAGAUUUUAAGUGCAUUGAAGUCGCUAUCGAAUAACCGAACUUCCAUAUUCAUUGCUCACAGGCUUACUACCGCAAUGCAGUGUGACGAGAUCAUAGUUUUGGAAAAUGGAAAGGUGAUUGAACAAGGACCCCAUGAAGUUCUCUUAUCAAAUGGAGGAAGAUAUGCACAGCUCUGGGGACAACAAAAUAACACAAUUGAUGCAAUCGAUACAGCUAUCAAACUUGGUGUUCAAACUUAAACAAAAUGAAGCUUCAGAAGGGAAAAGAAAAAUGUUAAUAGAGCUUAGAGCAUAUAUAUAUGCAUGUAUUUAAUGACAAUUUUGAUGUUUGCUAAUAGUUAGCUUGUUAAUAAACCCAAUUUAGCCUAGGGUAUUAUUACAUUCAGCUAGGCCAAAUAAAAUAUUGCACAUAUUAGAUUGUGGGGGUCAUUCAGAAAGUGAACAUCAAUUUUGAGUGUGGAUUUGAUUGCUUUUAAUGCAACAUUUACACUAGGUUUUGAUGCUCAAAGGCAAUCUCAAAAGUUAGAGAGUUUGUAUGAUUGAUAUUAAAUUUAAUUAAUUUUCUUU